AUUCCGCCACUCUCUUCUUGUCCCUCCUCCCUCCCUCUCUCUCUCUCUUUCUCUCUACAUUUCUCUGCGAAUUCAAUGGCGGGCUACAGAAUGGCCAACUAAGGUUUAUGUCUUCCCGCUGAAUCUAACGGCUAAGUCUAGCGUCUAUUGACCGUUGGCGAGCUCUCUCACUUGGUGCCUGCAAAGAGGAUUCUCGAGUGCUUAAGCUCAAGCUCUCUGGCAUUUCAUUACUCCUUCAACGGCUAAAUUUCUUUUCUUUUACGUUGCGACCUUUCGGUUCAUUGAAGGCUGAGAAAGAGAAAGGUAGGGUGAAAAAUACUUGCUGUUGCGAUAUGCACCAACGGCUAGUUUAUAGUCCUUUGCUGUAGAGGAAGAAGAAGGGGAGGGCAAAGAGGAAGGAAAAAGAAGAAAAAUAAAGAAAAAGGAUACUUGUUCGUGAUUGCUUUUAUUGGGAAAGAAGGUGGGGAUGGUCACUGGUCGCUGUUCGAAUUUGAACUUGAUAUAGAAAGGCUACAUUAUACAGAUCAAGUCCGGGGAUUAAGAUGGCGUCUUUGGAGGAGAAUUAUCAACAAGAUUAUGAUAUUGCUGAAGGGGAAAAGCUUGAUCGUUUGAAUACUGAUAGUGGAUUUUCGGUGCUGAGUUCUGAGGCUUAUGGAUACAGCAGAACAAAUUCACAAACUUCAACCUCCACAUUCACUAAUGACGAUAUCAGCAGUCCCGACCGAUCUCCUUGGCUAGCCUGGCCAAAUCGUAGGUCUGCCAGCAGGGGAGGAGCCAGCUUGAUGAGAAUGUCUAUGAAGCUAAGAGAACGUGUCUUGGAUGAAAAAUAUAGUGAACGACAAGCUGAUUACUUUGAAGAAGAGAAAUAUGACUUGAUGAAAGAAAGGUUCGCGAAACUGCUGCUUGGAGAGGACAUGUCAGGUGGUGGGAAAGGAGUCUGCACAGCUGUGGCCAUUUCAAAUGCCAUCACCAAUCUUUCUGCAACUGCUUUUGGGCAACUCUACAGGUUGGAACCUCUAAAUCUUGAGAAGAGGUUGAUGUGGAAAAGAGAGAUGGAAUGCCUCCUGUCAGUUUGUGACUACAUAGUUGAAUUUGUUCCUGACUGGCAAGAUCUUCCAGAUGGCAAAAAACAAGAGGUGAUGACCAGUCGACCUAGAUCAGAUAUUCUGAUGCAUCUUCCUGCACUUCAAAAACUGGAUACAAUGCUUCUUGAUAUCUUGGAUAGUUUUAGCAAUGCAGAGUUUUGGUAUGUAGAUCAAGCAAGUGUGCCAUCUUAUCAUGAGACAGGGCAAAUGACUCCUAGACAAGAGGAGAAAUGGUGGCUCCCAACUCCAAGAGUUCCUCCUCGUGGCCUCUCAGAGAAAUCAAGGAAGCAGUUGCAACACAAACGUGACUGUGCAAACCAAAUUCUUAAAGCUGCCAUGACCACCAACAGUAGCAUUCUUUCUGAUAUGGAAGUUCCUGAAUCAUAUCUGGAGACUCUACCGAAGACUGGGAAAGCCACAUUGGGUGAAUUUAUCUACAAACACAUUACGGAUCCAGAUCAUUUCUCCCCUGGUCAUAUUCUUGGUUGUGUUGAUUUAUCAUCCGAUCACAAUGCUCUGGACAUUGCGAACAAAGUUGAGGCUUCAAUAUAUGUAUGGAAGCGUAAAGGUUCUCUGACUUAUUCUAAAUCUUCUUGGGAUAUGGUGAAAGAUUUAAUGGUUGAUGGAGAUAAAAUGGAGAUGCUCAUUGACAGGGCUAAGAGCUUGCUUCUUUGCUUGAAGCAGAGAUGCCCUGGACUGUCUCAGACAAGUUUGGACACAAGCAAGAUCCAGUACAAUAAGGAUGUUGGGCAAGCAGUUCUUGAGAGCUACUCUAGAGUCUUGGAGAGUCUGGCAUACAAUAUUGUCUCCUUGAUAGAAGAUGUGAUUUAUGCUGAUGACAUAGCCAAGCACUGUACGGCAAAGCUUUUGAAGGCAACACCAUCAGAUUCUCCAAAUAUUCUGGAAGUUCAAGGGGGUAAUUCACCACAAGUUUCUGUAUGUUCAUCAUUUCACGAGCUUAAGCUUACUGACUGAUUGCUUAAAGCUUGAAGCAACUUAAAUGAACAGUGACUAAAAGGUACUGAUGUAGUUAGUUACAAUCACCACCACUGAGAGUAGUGGUUUUUGGGUUAGUGACAAAAGAAUGUUUAUGUAACAUGUAGUUGCUGAGCUGUUCUUGCAGCCAAUCUAAUCCAACUUCUAAUGUAGCACCACUGUGUCAAAUACCACUGACCAGUUGCGCAUAAGUUUGAACUUCAAAUUUAACAGUUAAGUCUAGCAACUGGUUCUUGA